AUGCUGUCAGCAGGCAGUGAAGUGCAGCUUCUGCACAUGCUCAGUGUGUUUCCCAUCGCAUCACGCACAAUCACACAGAGCAGCCCCUCCACCUGCCUCCUCCUCCUCCUCCUCCUCCAGGAACUGAUGCUCACGCGUCCGCGACGCCUGCCGCGUCUCUCUCAGCGUCUGCCGCGCUCCCGUUCUUUCUCCGUUCCACGCGCGAGCGCGCUGAGUCGCAGUCAGGAGCGGAGGCGACAUCAUGUCGUGGGCACCAGAGGGAUUUCUCUAAAGGCUGCAUCCGAUCUGCUAUGGAGUUCAACUCUUCAUCUGUGUUUGAGCAGCAUAAAGAGGCUGCUGAGGAGGUUGAUCUGAAUGUGGUGUACCAGGCAGCAGCAAACGGAGAUGUGAACACGCUGACCGCCACGAUACGAGAGGACCCGUCCAUCCUCGAGUGCUGCGAUAGUGAAGGCUCCACGCCGCUGAUGCAUGCUGUGUCUGGGAGGCAGGUGGAUACGGUCAAACUGCUGCUGAAGAUGGGAGCCUCUAUAAAUACACAAGAUGCCUGUGGACGGACGUCCCUCUCUCUAGCGACAUACCUGGGCUGGCUGGAAGGCUGUGUGUGUUUGCUUCGCAACGGGGCGAAACAGAACAUUCCCGAUAAGAACGGACGCUUGCCAAUUCAUGCUGCUACUGCUGAAACUGACUUCAGGCUCAUGGCCGUGCUGCUACAGCAGUCGACACUGUGUGAAAUCAACCAUCAAGACAAUGAGGGAAUGACGGCUCUUCACUGGGCUUCUUUCCACAACCGUCCAGAGCAUGUGCAGGCCCUGCUGCAGAAGGGAGCCGACCCCACGCUUGUGGACAAAGACUUUAAAACAGCUCUUCACUGGGCUGUGCAGAGCGGCAGCCGGUUAAUGUGUUCUCUCAUUCUUGACCAUCAUCUGGGCGCCUCUGUGAUCAAUUACGAUGAUGAGAACGGGAAGACCUGCGUUCACAUUGCCGCCGCUGCGGGUUUCAGCGACAUCAUCUAUGAACUGUCUCGCAUUCCUGAGACCAACCUGCAAGCUUUAGAUGUGGAUGAACGGACCCCUCUUCAUUGGGCCGCUGCAGCAGGGAAAGAUGACUGUGUGCAGGUAUUGUUGGAGCUGGGAGUGGAGCCCAACCCUCGAGAUAUUAAUGAGAAUACGCCACUCACAUACGCCAUGUACUGCGGUCAUACUGCAUGCAUCAAACUCCUCUCCACUGAAAACAGAUCUGAGUCAAGCAGGCCACUGCACGCCCAAAACAAUGACCCUUCUAUACGCAAGGAGGGGAAAUUUCGCAUGCUGAACCACAUCUUCUGCAAGAAGAAGAAAGAACUGCAUACUUCUCAGCAGACAGACUUGAGUCAAGAAUGUCAGCUGAAAGAAGAGACAUCUGAGGUGGAUGACAUCAUCACUAUGUUCGACUGUUUCGCUGAACCGUUAGCCAGAGAUGAGAGCGAAAACAGCUCUACAGUCAGAAAACUAAAUAACGAGUCUGAGAAAGUCCACCUCGCUGAGGACACAUCCAGCAAGGACUUCCAAAGUCUCCCACCCAUACGCACACAGAGUCUUCCUCCAAUCACUCUAGGGAAGUCCCUGCUGGUAAACUCUCAGACUUUGGCCCACAGGACCAGCGGAGGUCAUGUGGCAGGACAUUUAGCGCACAGGUCGCAGAAGAGCAAGAGCGAGCAUGACCUGUUCGAUGGCAAAAGUAAGGACCAAAAAGCUGCCGGACAGGCAUGGAAGACUGAAUCCAGUCAGAUACUGACUCACAAAGCAUGGAUCUCAGCUCCAUCUGAACGGCUGCUUGAUAAGCUGCUGCAUGCAUCCUCAAGCCCUUUAGACGUGCUGUGCUCAAAUCACACGCCGUACAUACAGAGAAAUGACCAAGCUCAGAAUCAUCUUUUUCCUCUGAGGGUCAGAGAAUCUGCUCUCACACGUAACAGUCUGGCUCCGAUCCGUGACCACUGCACUCACAGAUUUUCCUUGCCACCUGACCAGGUCUCUCAGGGAGUGAAGAAGUCGAAAUCCUCUUUAGGAGCGGGCCUGGCUGUACUUCCACCUCCGUUUGCAUCCAAACUGCACCGAGCCGGCAUUCCUCAAAGCCAGUCGCUCGGCUCCUUCCCGACGCCACUGACAGGAGAACCUUUACGAAACAUUCAAGUUCUUCCUGCCAUACCUCCGCAGAGAAAACGCAGCCCGUCUCCGCUCACAACCCAGAGUCUCUCUGACAACAGAAACUGAUGGAAACCUGCCUAAACUGUAACACUGUUCAGCUUUUCAUGGGUCAUUUGGAUUUAUUUAGAUCAUGAGGAUGCUGAAGAAUCACUGUUUGAUAAACUACUAGUCCGUUUUUCAUACAAUUUUACAACUAUGAUCUUUUUUAUGGUAUGCAUAUGGUUGAAAUUUUGACUGUAACAUUUAAACAUGCUUUAAGCUUAUUGUUUACUGUUACUAUUAAUAAA